CAGUUAAGUCAGAGGGGAUGCAGACAGAUGUAUGAAUAUGAAAAAGACUAAAUAUGCAUACAAGAUUUUGCAGCAGCCUACAGCUGCGUGUUCAUUUGAAAUGAAUGCAGGAUGCAGCCUAAGUUCUGGACACCUGCAUGAGAUGACAGGUGUCAAUGAGGGUUCAGUAAUGUUUGAAUAAUCCAUCGGUUGUUCAUUCUCCUUCUGGAACCCGAGAAGGGAGACAGGGACGCCUCCUGAGAUGGACAAGCUCCAACCCCAGAGAGAGAGCUCGAGAAUGGUCUUCCAUCUCCACUGAGCCUGAGAAAAACAGAACCUCAGCACCCAGAACAGGGUACUGUAAAGCAGGGCCAAGGAUCUGGGAAAGGAAGAGAAAUGAGCCAGAAACAGGCCCAGUCGCUCCCGGCCUCCAGGAGAAAGGACGUGAAAUACAUUUUCGACCACUACGCCUCCGGUGCGGACAGCCUGCACGCGGGCGGCCUGCUCCGGUUCCUCCAGAUGGAGCAGGCGGAGCCUGGGGCCGAUGACGCCAUGGCGGAGAAUCUGAUUGACAAGUAUGAGAUUGAUGAGACAGAGCGGAAGAGCAGGACGAUGACGUUCCCCGGCUUCCUCCGGUACAUGGAGUCCAGGGACUGCAGCGUGCUGAACCAGGAGCACACGCGCGUGUACCAGGACAUGGGCCGGCCUCUCUGCCACUACUUCAUCUCCUCCUCCCACAACACCUACCUCACCGCCGACCAGCUGGUGGGGAAGAGCCACCUGUUUGCAUACGAGAGCGCUCUGCGAAAAGGAUGUCGAUGUCUGGAGAUCGACUGCUGGGACGGACCUGACCUGGAGCCGAUUGUUUAUCACGGCUACACCCUGACCAGCAAGAUCCUGUUCAGGGACGUCAUCAGCACCAUCGCGGAGCACGCUUUCCAGGUUUCCCCCUACCCUGUGAUCCUGUCCCUUGAGAACCACUGCCACCUCCCUCAGCAGCAGGUCAUGGCCCAAUACAUCACCACUAUCCUGGGGGACAGGCUCCUGGAUGCCGGCCUAGACCUCAGCUCCUCCGCCGAGCUGCCCAGCCCACAGAAGGGGAAAGUGAAGGUGGCAGUGGAGCUGUCCAACCUGGUCAUCUACACCAAGUCCGUGAAAUUCGUGAGCUUCAGCCACUCCAGGGAGAGCCAGCGCUUCUACGAGAACACCUCCCUCGGGGAGAAGAAGGCCCACAAGCUCGCCCUGAAAUCAGGUCCCGAGUUCGUCCUCCACAACGCCAGAUUCAUCAGCAGGAUCUACCCAGCCGGCUCCCGCACGCUGUCCUCCAACUACAACCCCCAGGAGUUCUGGAACAUGGGCUCCCAGCUGGUGGCUUUGAACUUCCAGUCCCUGGGAUUGCCAAUGGAUCUGAACAACGCCCGUUUCCGGGACAACGGGGGGUGCGGCUAUGUCUUGAAACCACACUUCCUGAGGAGCCACGAGGCGACCUUUGACCCUAGCGCCCUCCCGCCGGACCUGAAGCCUGUACAGGUCCUGAUGAAGGUGAUAAGCGGGUCUAACCUCCCCAUCUCCAAAGCUGGCAAGCCCAUCGACCCCUACGUCCGCGUGGAGAUAACCGGGGUACCGGCCGACUGCCGGAGGAUACAGAGCGAACCCGUCAAGCACAACUCGCUCAGCCCCAAGUGGGACGCCUCCAUGAACUUCACCGUCGGCGUUCCCGAGCUGGCCCUGAUCCGCUUCACCGUCCGGGACCACGGCCUCCGCCCUGCCAACGACUUCAUGGGCCAGUACACCCUCCCUUUCACCAGCAUGAAGAAAGGUUACCGGUGGGUGCCUCUUCUGUCCCGGGAGGGGCAUGAUCUGGAUCCAGCCUCGCUCUUCAUCUUUGUGUGGCACUCCUAAGCCACCAGCCUCAUCCUCAUCCAUGUAAAUCAGAGCUACAUACAUCUCUGGUGCUGCACAGAGAGCGGUACUACUGUGUGUGCGUGUGUGUGUGUGUGGAACAGGAAACAAAGACAACCCCAUUGGUCUUAUAAAUGAACUUUUCUUUGACCAGAAAAUAAAUUCUGAAACACUCUUCAAAUACAUAUUUGCUCCAUUCUAAUUCCAACCAGCUUGUGUUCGAUUGACAGUAAGUAAUACAGAUCUAUACAUACCGGAAUCAACUACAGAAUGAUAAGAAAACAUUACAUUUCGCAGACUUCUUUCAAAAACCAUAGCUGUAAAAAUCUAGUUAACAAGAUAUAUGUACAGGGGUUAGUGAACUACGGGCCUGCAUAUCAAGGAAUCCCAUUUAUUACUUCUAUUUUAUUUUACGGGGUAUUUCACAGGUCAGCGGCUCAGUGUAAAAUUACGCCGCAUUAGGCCUGCAUGACAGGCUGUAUGAACUCAUCCCCUCGCUUGUCAGCGGUAAAUCGCAGUAAUGGAUGACUCCCGCGCGCGGGGACGGAGAAAAAUGCCCCCCAGCCAGCCGAAGACGGACAGCGAGCACUCGGGCAUCAAUCUGCAGUCCCUGGGCACAGUCACAGCCACACAUAGCCACAGCCACACGUAGCCAGCCCUUCAUUUCGCAAGCAGAGCACAGAAGAGCCUAAAGCAGGGUAAGGGAAGGGGGAGGCCGCACACUCGCUCUCUCGCGGACGUAGCUUAGCGCUUAGCUCCAUCGACCCUGGCGGUGCGGAUUGAAUGCAGCUUCGCCGUCAGUUAUAAUUUGUUUGCAGGCUUUCUCGCAGAUGAAGUACUUUGGAAUUAAAGUCGUGCGCUGUUUUCGUUAAAUUAAGGCUGUCGUUUGAUGGAGUAAUUAUUGGGUUGGUUCCGCCGUUCAUUUUACAUUAAAGGUAUGAGAUGCUAUUUAUAAUAAUCACCUUAUUCACAUUCUUCAUUUCACCAGCUGAUAAUAUUUCACAGUAUGAAAAUGAUACAUUAAAAUAUUUUUUCCUAUCAUCUACAGUAUAUAUAAAUUUACCGGCUAAUGAGAGGACUGUAAACAUUCUCCCUUGACUUUUCCUGUAACAAUUUCAAAAUCAACACACAGCGCAGAUUUGGAAAGCUGUACCUCCCUCUGGUGGCAGAACAGGGAAAAUGCAGGUUGACCAACGUUUAAAAUAUCUGUGA